UAUAUAUUUCAUGUCUAUGUAAGUGAAUGUGAAAGUUGGAAGGUGUUGAAUUCUACGCCUAAAUUACACCUGCUUACAAAUAGGGAAAUAUUAUUUAGUUUAAAGGACAUGAGUGGAUGUUGACAAAUAAAUAAUAUUAUUUCCACUCGAGAUUUUGUUUACUAGUUUGGCAAAAAAUAAACAAAUCGUUUAAAACGCGAUCUGUCAAGACGUGGACGAAUUGACAUGAUAAAGUAUCACGGUUUCUGACUCACUCAUCAGUUAGCAACUAUGGCGAUUCUGGUUCGUUAUGCUCUUUUCUUUCCAGCUUUAUUCUCAGUUGUCGCAGGUAGUAUCUUCACAGACUGCCCGCUGGCUUUCGGUAACUGCAGCUCUGAUUGGAUCGGCUACCAGUUCUACGACAGGGAAAACAGAGAAUAUGGGCAGUACGUGGAGGUUACAGCUGCUGGGAAUAACCUGACUGAAGCUGGUUUCGACUGGAAAAAACCUGUUACUGUAAUAAUCCCAGGCUAUGCUGAGACAACUCACAGGUUCGAACUGGCGGCUCUUAAGCGUGAACUGUUGAAGAACAGCGACAUGUCAGUGCUCAUCAUGGACUGGUCUAAGCUCACCGACGACUGCUAUAUCACCGCCGUCAUCAAUGCACGCUAUGCCGGCAGGUGUCUUGCGGACCUCGUGGAUACUCUCGGAAGGCCUUCGACGGGACUACACGUCAUCGGGUUCAGUCUUGGAGGACAUGUACCAGGAUCGGCGGCGGACUUCUUGGCUCCGUACAAGAUACCGAGGAUCACAGGUCUGGAUCCAGCGUUCCCUUUAUUUUGGGGAUUGAUCUCUCAAAGGAGACUGAGUAAAGAUGAUGGUGAGUUCGUGGACGUGGUCCAUACCAACGCCUUCUUGAAGGGCCAUAUCCUUCCUCUUGGUCAUGUCGAUUUCUUCAUCAAUGGAGGAAUGAUCCAGCCUGGUUGCAGUGGCAGUAUCUUCGAUGUGAUUGACUGUUCCCACCUGAGGUCACCAAUUUAUUAUGCUGAAUCAAUUAACUCCGACAUCGGAUUCUGGGGGUGUGGGACUUCCUACUUUUAUGCAUUCUUUGAGAGCUGCCAGCCUGAAGAUGUGUCUCUUCUAAUGGGAUAUCAUGUCAACAAGAAAGUUCGGGGAAUCAUUAUGUUGACCACAAAGAGUAAGGCUCCUUAUGCGAAUGGAAAGACUUCAGAAAACAGAACAUUAUUACAAUGAUGAUUGAAUGAAAAAAUGCGGUCAUACAUAAGACGAAGAAAUACAUAAAAUGGUUAUGAUUUCCAUGGGAAGAAUUAUGAAAUACCUCAGAAUUUGUUCAGAUAUAAAUGAAAUAUUAAGUUAAUUGGGUUAAUCAUCACACCAACGAUCAUUAACCCAAGUUAGAAGGAUUUUGAAUGAACAAUGAGGAAUUAGAAAUGUUUUGAUUAUUAUUGGAUUUAAUUUAAUCUACCAAAUUUUGUAUGUCUGGUUCAACCAAUCUAUUUAUUUUGCAAACAAUAAAUUAACUUAAUUUAUGUCAUAAUGUAUUGUUUGAGUUUUACUGAUCAACUAGGCAUUAGUACAAUUAGUACUUUUUAUAAGAACAAGAGAAUUAAGAAAGUAAAAGAAUGACCAACAAAGAAUUUUCUGAUUAAAAUCAAGAUUAAUGGCAACAUGGUCAUUACGUACUUAGUUAUGGUCAAUAAUCCAGUUAAAUGUUUAAACAAAAAUGUUCUUUUGCUAGAUAAAUCAUUAACAAAUUUAAAUUCUCUUUUUUUUAGAAAUUGAAUGGCUCGAAGCAAUUAACAGGUUAAUUAGUUGGUUGUUGUGAAAUAAAGACAUAAAACUUAUUGGUUAUUAUGACUUUGUUUAUAUUUUGUAUGUAUAUUUAUUGGUUUUGAAAAAAAUAAGAAGAAUAGAAAAUAUAUUAAUAAUUUAAAUCAAAACUACUAUCUAUCUUUAUUAAUAUAAAAAAAGUUUUAUAUUAUCUAUAAUUUAGGCAUAUAAUUCCAAAACCAACCAAUUUUUUUUCUGUAAUUUUUAUUACUUUUUAGCAGUUUUUGUAUUAUAUUAUUAAGGAUUUCAUACUGCUAGUAAUACUAAAUUUUAUUCUAAAUCUUAUUUAUUUUUUAUUCUAUAUGUUUUAUCUCUAUUUUAUGACUUGUAAUGUUUUUGUUUUAAAUUUUUUAUUCUACAUUUUAACUUAGUUUUUAAAGUUUAAAAUUAUAAGGCAUUGUAGUGACAUAUCUAUAUACAGCUGUGAUAUAAAUUACUUUUAUAUUGUAAACAAAAAGUAUUGUAUUAAUUGUAAUUAUUAAAAAGUUUUUUUAUCAUAUAUUUACAAAAUAUUUUUAUUGUUUAAUUUAUUUAUAUGAUUUUAUUACCUAUCUAUCUUUAAAUAUAAAAUACAGCAAAAGACUUAAUUUCAAUGAAUUAAGUGGUUAUAUAUAUAUACGUGGAUAAAUAUUAUAUAAUUAUGAACAAAUUAUUUUUAAGCAUUUUAAAAAAUUAAGAACCAGUCAAAAUCAAUUUUUUUUUAAAACUACAAAAUGCGUUUAAAUUUAGUUUUUUGUUUUUAUAUUUUUUCUGUUUGUUAAUAAAUAUGGAGGCAUAUCUAAUUGGUACUAACAAAAAAACAAGGUAAUAUUAGAUGUGCAUUCAUAACUCACAAGGAUGUGGAGAGCUCAAAUAAAUAAAAAUUGUUCAAAUUCUAUAAAUUUCACCGACAGAAAAUUUGUAUUAUUUUUAUUAAAAUUUCUUUUAAGCAUAGAGUGUCCUUUUCUGAUAAUUA